UCUAGUGUGUCUAGUGAUGAAGGCUUUACAAUGGUUGCUCAUUUUUUUAACAUGGAAGUUGGAACCUGUAUACAUGAUGGUUUCGCUUUUUGUUUACAUGUUUUAGGGUAUAAAUUAUUUGAUCUUGUAUGUGGUGGAUGAUCGUGUUUAUGUCCACAUUUUCCAAGUUUCCAGAAUACCGGGUAAUGCGGAAAAUGUAAAUGGAGUUAUUUUUGGGUUGCUCGGAUCUGCAACCCACUAGACGGUGUUUACAUCCCACCCACAAGGUAACUUCAACCACGCUUUGAGAACAUCUCCAGUGUCGUCAUUCAUGAAAGGUAAAGUGUCUUGUGGGCUACAGGUUUGGAUUCGCAAGCACGGCAAGCGGAGCUUGGAUCUCCUGCCCACAAGGAUCGUGCCUGAUGGUGCGUGAUCUAACUACUACUAGUUGGAAGGCGAUCUGAAUUCUAACUGGGUGGUAAGCUGGACCGGUAUGUAAAACAGUGAAUCAUAGAUCCUAGGGUAGUUAAUCCGGUAAGGUCGCUCUGAUGCUUAAGUUAGUACUUAUGUUGUGAAUGCGACCUGAAUGUUUGAGAGUUUGACUGUUACCGAGUAAAAUAAUCGCGUAUACAUUUGCCUUGAGGUUUAAUGUCUUUAUAUAAUAGAGUAGUCGUGAGCCUUACGAAAGAGCUCUGGGAUCUUCGGGCUGUAGAGAUAAGGUUUGUUCCGUUUUUUAAGGAGAAUAAUAUAUUGAUAAGGUUUAUCGUUUACCUCCGAUUCAAGCGGAGUCGGGACGAGUUCUCAUCGUGAUCUCGAAAAAUUCGGGAUUUAUUGGCUCAUCGUGAUCUCGAGAAAUUCGGGAUCUGUUGGGGAUUUCUUUGGAGUUGGUUAUGUAGCGUUUCGGCUCAUUAGCUUUGAGUUGGAACUUCGAUUUUUUAGUCCCGAAUUGAAUUGGGUGUCGAGGUGCUUCUACACAGAGGGGGUUUUGGGCCGAGGUGGUUGAAUACCCGAACUCCGAAUGUUGCGAACUAGGUUCGUUUGGCUGAGUUGUCACCCCUCGAUCAAAUCGUGCCCACGUGUCCCCUUUUUGCUAGAUCGUGCCAAAUCACCCUUCAUCAAUUGCCCUCCACUCCUUGUGCCAUGGGUCCCAACCCAGUGUGAGGAAUUCAUGAUGAGUCCAGGUGGAUUUGGCACGAAGGCUAGACGACUUGAAGGGCAAACCAUUGGUCGGGCCUGUUUAACGACCUGGCUCAACCAUGAAAUGACCCAGGUCGCAUCUCAGCCACGCGCGGACGUCACACUGUUUAUAGACUCCGUAGACGUCAAAACACACGUUAAAUUGAUUUCAACCUCGAGGGGCAUGCAACCGGUUUCCUUAGGAGCCGUCAGAUAGUGUUGAUCUUGACCAUUGAUUCCCCCUAUACACUAGCUAUAAAUAGGGGCCAAAGGGCUCAUUUUCCUUGCCACAAGUCCACAAAUAUGCAAUUUUUGAGGUCGAGUUCAAGUCUUCCAAUUCGGUAUCAGCCUUUUCUGGGUCCGAGGUCGCUUUCUUUUCUUCGGUCUUCCUUUUGGUGAGUCCACCUUCCUUUGCUUUUUCCUUUUGAUUAUGUUGUCUUUUCCUUUAAUAUGUCUAGCCUUACCUUAGAUAGUCUUUUAGACGGGAGCGGUGAGUCCACUGAGGUCUAUGUGGGUACCUCAACUCAGACUGUGGAUCCUCGUCCUACCGAGGUGGUCACUUCGGGACAGGACGCGGUCCUCAGUCCGCUCGGGGUGAAUUCACCUUGGUGAGAGCGAGAGGCCUCUGGUAACUCGGCUUCCACCUCACAUCGAGAUCAGUUGCCAGACGACUUCGACCCGUCAAUUAUGACGGCAGACAAGCUCCUAGCCUUAGUAGCCCAGUACAUACUCCCUAACGACCUUGUAUAUAGCAGCCCCUUAGGCAACUUUCCUUGGGAUCAUGAUCACAACGAAAUCGUGAUCUUCGAGGAGCAACUCGUAGCUUAUUUGCGUCUUCCACUUCACCCCCUUAUAAUCGAGAUCGUUAGAUUUUUUAACAUUACCAUAGAUCAUCUAACCCGAACUCUAUCCGUAACAUCGUAGGGACCAUUUCUCCUUUUCAUGAUUACAACUUGACCUCAACGUUUUUUCUUCAAUUCUUUCCAUUAAGAAAAAUCCGUCCUGUGUUUUUCCCGACCACAGGCGAACUUACUACUUGUCACCUCAUCCUGAAUACAAACUGUUGCACGAGCUCCCUAAUAAGGUCCCAGCCUGGAAGAGGCAUUACUUCGUGGUCCGCAACACCGAGGGGUGGCCAUUCCCGACUCAUUGGAGGGAAGCCAUUCAAGACCCCGGCAUUGGCCUGAAGUUCGAAGACUUCGUUUCCGAGGAGAAGCUCGUGCAGGCCGGCAUAAGUCCUCCUGAUAGGUCAUUGUUUGUUGUACUUUCUCUAUUCGUUUUACUUUGGUAUUGUAUCUGACUUAGCUCAUUUUCAUCGCAGCUGCCAUAGACAACAUCCAUGUUGAUGACCUCUUCGGGAGCAUGAAGAAGGGAAAGAAGAAGAAGAGAGCCUCCAAAAAGGCUCGCGUCGAGAGUGAAGCAACUAGAACUGAGCCUAUCGUUCCUGAGCCCGAGCAACCUCCCGUGAUCGAUCUGGUCGAGGAGGACUCGGGCAAGCCCACCCCACCCCGCAUGCCCGAGGAGGCUAUAUCUUCAAAGCCCGCCCCAGUGGCUACCACUUCUUCGGGCAGCGAUGCUCCAGUUCGAAGCAUUUUGACUCCAAAGUUCGGCCUUCUCAAGAGCAAGGAUGUGGUGUUCGCUGAGGAGGUCGCUCGUUGGGCCGACUUGCCAGUCACUCAACUCGGGGCCAUGCGGCUACACACUGUAUGGUGGUGAACUCCUCCAUCCAUGCCUUGGCUUAUCAGUCCGAGGUGAAUCUGAAGCAGGCUCUCGAAGCUGAGGAGUCUUCCCGAAAUGCCCACGCCGAACUAAACUUAGCUCGUAACGAAAUCAACCAACUGAAGAACGACGCGCAAGCUAAGAAGGAGCUGCUAACUCUGUUAAUGUCAAAGAAGAAGGAGCUCGAGGAGCGUGAAACGGCAUUGAAGAGGGAGGUUGAGAACCUCGAGGCCCACGUGAAGGAACGAACCGAGCUACUGCUUCAGGCGAUGGAGGAGGCCAAGGUUAAGGCUGUUGAGGAGUAUAAGUCCUCAGUGGAGCUUCAAGAAAGGCCGGUCAAGGCAGGGACAACGGGUUACCACAAGGGAUUCAAACUCAGCAGGUGGUUGACCUGAUGUGAAUUUCCCCACCUCGACCUCAGCGUCAUAACCACAUCGAUGAUCACCAAGGAGAUGGCCAUCGAAACUGCCAAAGAUCCGGACUUCGAAGCGGAGAGUGAUGAUGAUGUGCUUAACGAGGAAGAUGAGACAGGUGGUGGUGAGGACCGUAUGGAGACAGAUCCUCCUGCCGAAGUCUCCAAUAAGGAUGAAGAGCCCUAAAGUGAUUGAAGCCUCUUUUCUUGGACCCCCCCCCCUCUUUUUGUAAUGCUCAAUGUUCCAAG